CCCGUAGCCUACACGUCAUCUCUGCCUCUCCUGUCCGCUGCCUGUCCGUCUGUCCGACUGGGAGGUAACCUGUGUGUGCGCAUGCAACUUUGUGUGGGCGGUUCCAAUCCAGCUGCCAAUCUGAAAUCGCCGGUGGCCUGUCUCUCCGUGUUUGUCUGUGUGCUGCGUGCGUGACAAGAGCCGAGUUGAAUGUGUAGCCUAUGCAAGUGCGCGUGAGCGUGUACGGCUAAAAAAGGAGGAAAAUAAGAAACGCCUCUGCACCCGCUCGCUCUCGCGCCGCAUCACUAGCAGCACGGGCACCCCAUAGCAACUAGACGCAACACCGCAGCGACAGCAUCUAUUUUUCACUCAAAAAUUAGCGGCGCAGCUUCCGCAUCUGACGCCCCAUCACGCGCAGAAGGCAUAUGGCGGAGUGAGGACACCGCAUCGCCUCGGAUACGUUUAGCCGGGAAUCGGAAAAGCGCAGGUUAGGAGUGUGUCUGUAGCGUCGACUUUAUUAUUUCACAAACUACCUACAAUCUAAAAGCUGACGUUUCACUUUCCUUUGCUUAGUGGAGCCAGUAGGACACAAAUAAACUCCCUUUUUUUUAAUGAUUUGUUUUGGUCACGGAUCAUCAGACAUUGGAAAAGCUUUAUUUUCGAGUACUUUGCUUCUGUAAAAACUUGUGCUAGGGUCGCGUUUGGAUAGUCAGUAAAUGUUUGACAUUUAAAAGUCCUGUCUGCGUCCAAAGCUGCUUCCGCAAACAGCCGCGAGCGACGCCUGCCUGUCCGACCCUCCUCGCUCGUUCCCAGGAGCGCCUGCCCGGUGUGCGUCCCCGGUGCACUGCUUUUAGCGUGCCGCUCGCGUCACCUCGCAGCUGUGUGGUAUAGUGUCACCGGCGAGCCCUCCGCCACCGCUACCGGACCAUGUCGGGGCGCUCGGCGCUCAUCCCGGACGACCAAGCGUUCAGCAACUUCAGAGGAGAGUGUACGCGCGAGACGGGAUGGAACCUCAGCUACAACAAGUCCGGCGUCACCGUCUGGAUCCAGAUGCUCGAGGAGGAGAAGUCGCUUCACAAGAUCAAGUGCCGGAUGGUGUGUAAGGACGUUUCGGCGGACACCAUGUAUGACGUUCUGCACGACAUUGAGUAUCGGAGGAAGUGGGACACCAACGUCAUCGAGACGUUUGACAUCGGAAAACUCACGGUCAACGCUGACCUAGGCUACUACUCUUGGAGGUGUCCAAAGCCUCUGAAGAAUCGUGAUGUCAUCACUUUGCGUUCCUGGCUGCCUAUGGGGACGGAUUCCAUCAUCAUGAACUACUCUGUCAAACACCCUAAAUACCCUCCAAAGAAGGACCUUGUCCGCGCCGUGUCCCUUCAGACUGGCUACCUCAUCCAGAGACAGGGGCCGUCAGCAUGCACACUCAUCUACCUGGCCCAGGUGGACCCCAAAGGCUCUCUCCCCAAGUGGGUUGUCAACAAGUCUUCCCAGUUUUUGGCUCCAAAGGUUAGUCCCCUUUCUUUUUUUUUUUGAUCCCCCUCUCUCUCUCUCU